AUGGCAACCAGCGGCGAAUUCAAGCGACUGGUGCUCAAGCAAUUCCCAGUGGCAAAUGAAGUUGAAUCAGCCGAGCACUUGUAUUGGAAAAAAUUUUAUGCUCCGCAAGAAUUUCAGCAAGUUGGCCCUGUUACGCAUAUUGACGUGUCGCCCGUGGCGCCGCACCAAGUAGCUAUCACGUCUUCAACUCGCAUUCACCUUUACAGCACCACGACAAACGAGAUCGUGAAAACAUUUAGCCGCUUUCGAGACGUCGUAUAUUCUGGAACGUUUCGCUCGGAUGGUAAACUAUUAGUUGCCGGCGGUGAAUUUCCGCUCGUACAGGUGCUGGACAUAAAUACGCGUGCCAUUUUGCGCUCCUUUAAGGGUCACACAGCUGCAGUUCGUAGCACCCGAUUCUCAACCGACAACGUCCAUGUGCUUUCAUGCUCGGAUGAUAAAACUGCUCGGUACUGGGACCUGCCCACUGGUAAACCUCUGACUCUGCUAGGAGAACACUCAGACUAUGUGCGCUCAUCAGCUAUAAGUCCGUCGUCCCACAAUGUCUGGGCUACGGGUUCGUACGACCAUACGGUGAAGCUGUGGGACUUGCGCACGUCGGACCAAACAGUGUCCAAGAGUAUCAUAUGUCUGGAUCACGGUGCUCCAGUCGAGGCGUGCAUGAUCAUGCCGGGUGGUAGUCUGCUACUCUCGGCCGGUGGUAACGUAAUUAAAGUUUGGGAUAUUCUUAGUGGCGGACGAAUGCUGCAUUCCUUGUCAAGCCACCAGAAAACCAUCACUAGCCUAAGUUUGGACGGAACGAGUACGCGCUUGAUGUCGGGCUCGCUGGAUGGGCACCUAAAGAUUUACGAUGUGAAGACAUACGAGCUUACACAUGGAUUUAAGUACAAAAGUGGUGUGCUCUCCUUCGGCAUGUUACCAACCAACUCACACCUGCUUGCUGGCACGGUGGAUGGUAUCCUCGCUGUGCGUCGUCGCACCGUCAGACGGGUCGAGCAGAAUGACAUAACGACUCGUCAGGCUAUCAUUCGUGGUGGAAGCUAUAAGUAUUUUUUGCGCGGCAAGAACUCCAAGCCGACUGCUGCAGAUUACACGGUGGCCACUUCUCGUCAUAAGCGGAUACAGCCGUACGAUCGCGCUUUGCGAAAAUUUGAGUACAAGAAAGCGCUAAACGAGGCGCUGGACACUCGUUCGCCUGUCGUUGUAGCUAGCAUACUCGAAGAGCUUCGCUUGCGUGUUGGAUUGAAGCGUGCGCUUGGAGGACGCGAUGAGGAAUCCCUCGAGCCUUUGCUGGCUUUUUUAAUCAAAUAUGUGACUGAUCCGAAGUAUGCAUCACUGCUGAUUCACGUGUGCACAAUUGUGUGCGACUUGUACGCACCGAAGCUUAGCCAGUCAAUGCUCAUUGACGGCUUGUUUGUAAAGCUUUGUGAAAAGCUUAAGGAGGAGGUACGCGUACAGAAGCAGGUGUUAAGCAUGGUGGGAAUGAUGGAUUCACUCAUGGCUGCUCAGUCCGACGGGACUGUUUGUGUGAAUGCCAGCGGUUAG